GUAAUCCACUAAACAAGUUACCUUGUAGCUACAAUAGCUAACUAGCUAGUUUACCCAGCGACCUAGCCUGCUAACGUUUGGUGUAUCAGACAGGUAGUCCGUCACUUUACGUUAAAUGCUUUUUUUAAAGGAUAACCAGCUACAGUAGACCAGUUUGACAUGGGGCUAGCCAACAAGUUUGUCAGCUAACACCAUACUGUAGCUUGCACUAGCUACACCUUUCGCUAGCUAGCUACUGUAACUAGUGGUGGUGGUGAGCUAAAACUAGCCCAACAAGACAAACGUAGCUAAUUAUCGCAUCUCAAAAUCUCUUCGUGAAACCCCUCCUAAUAUACAUGGAAAAGUAAUACAUCAGUGUCCCAUCAUGAUUCUGUCCCGAGUGAAACCAGCUGUUGGAGGCGCAGCUCCCAUCACUGUCAGCGAGAAGAAAAAGAAAAACAAGGGCAAGAAGAUACCCCGAGUGGAAGACUACCUGAACCAAAGGGACUACCUGGGAGCACAGACUUUGUUAGAAUUUCAGCGUGAUGUUGGGGAGCGAGAGGAGCAUGCAGACCUGUGGAUUGGCUACUGUGCUUUUCACUUGGGUGAUUACAAGAGAGCUAUGGAGGAAUACAGGUCCCUGACUGUCAGUCCAGACAGUCCAGAGGAGGUAUGGGUGUUCCUGGCAUGUACACUCUUUUUCCUGGGGCUUUACAGAGAGGCUGAGGAGGCUGCAUCCAAAGCCCCAAAAUGUCCCCUUCAGAACCGCCUCCUCUUCCACUUGGCUCACAAGUUCAACGAUGAGAAGAAGCUGAUGAGUUUCCACCAGAACCUGGAGGACGUGACUGAGGACCAGCUGAGCCUGGCCUCCAUCCAUUACAUGCGCUCCCACUACCAGGAGGCCAUCGACAUCUACAAACGUAUCCUGCUGCAGAACAGGGAGUUCCUUGCUCUGAAUGUGUACGUCGCCCUGUGUUACUACAAGCUGGACUACUACGAUGUGUCCCAGGAGGUCCUGGCGGUGUAUCUGCAGAGCAUCCCCGAGUCCACCAUCGCCCUCAACCUCAAGGCCUGCAACCACUUCAGACUGUACAACGGCAAGGCAGCAGAGGCGGAGUUAAAGAACCUCAUAGAUAUCUCCUCCUGCUCCUUUGAGUUUGCUAAGGAGCUUAUCAGGCAUAACCUGGUGGUGUUUCGUGGAGGGGAGGGGGCUCUCCAGGUGCUGCCCCCCCUGAUAGAUGUCAUAUCUGAAGCCAGGCUAAACCUGGUCAUCUACUACCUCCGACAAGAUGACGUUCAAGAGGCCUACAACCUUAUAAAAGACUUGGAGCCAACCACACCACAGGAAUACAUUUUAAAAGGAGUAGUGAAUGCUGCACUGGGUCAAGAAAUUGGAUCUCGGGAUCAUUUGAAAAUUGCCCAACAGUUCUUCCAGUUGGUCGGAGGCUCUGCCAGUGAAUGUGACACCAUCCCAGGCAGACAGUGCAUGGCCUCCUGCUUCUUCCUGCUGAGGCAGUUUGAGGACGUGUUGAUCUACCUCAACUCAGUCAAGAGUUACUUUUACAACGAGGAAACGUUCAAUUUCAACUACGCCCAGGCCAAGGCUGCCUUGGGCAACUACAAAGAAGCAGAGGAGAUAUUUCAGUUGAUUGAGAGUGAGAAGAUCAAGAGUGACUACGUUUACCUGAGCUGGCUAGCACGUUGCUACAUCAUGAAUCAGAAAGGGCGUCUAGCCUGGGAGCUGUAUCUGAAGAUGGGUACUUCCUCAGAGUCCUUCAGUCUCUUACAACUCAUAGCCAACGAGUGCUACAAGAUGGGCCAGUUCUACUAUGCAGCCAAGGCCUUCGACGCUCUGGAGAAACUCGAUCCCGGUUCCAACUACUGGGAAGGCAAGAGAGGGGCCUGUGUGGGAAUCUUCCAGCUCAUUCUGGCAGGCAGAGAGUCCAAGGAGACCCUGAAGGAGGUACUGCCCCUGCUACGCAGCACGGGGAACCCCCAGGUGGAGUACAUCAUCAGGGCUCUGAGGAAGUGGGCCAAAGACAACAGGGUUUCAUUGUCAUAACAACCAUUUUGUGUCAUAAUUACAUGCUCCGUUUAUCAAAAUAUUAUGCACCUCUUACUGGCUCGAUACCUUCUUGUUUUCUCCUUCAGAAUCAAUGUAUUUAUUCAUUGCAUCAUAUGGAAUGUAAUCAUGUCGUGCCAAUACAUAGUGUAUGUUUUUUACAUAUAAAUAAUGAUGGUAUAUUUGUAUUGUAAACUCAUUUUACAUGAAAGUAUUAAAUGGUAUUCUUUGAUAGCUU